CAAAUUAACCUUAAAAAAUAAGAAAGCUAUAUAAACGAGUAUCUAGUUGCAACCAAUCAGGUGGUAGGGUUACAACAGAAAUAACUAGGACCCUAGUAACCUAGGGAAUACUAAAGCCGAUCGAAGCUUUUUGUAAAGCAUUGAAAGUUUAAGCGUCAAGCGUAUUCUUGUAGGACAGACUUUAGUAAGGAAAUAACCAGAAUGAUACUAGUACUUCUACAUGUUGUACAUUCGAAGUCAGUUGCCAGCGCGCCAGGCAGGACCGUCUAUCCAAUCGCCCAGCUCACGAGCCGGCCUCGUGUGCGCGCGCGACACCCCGGACGGAAAAGGUUCGUUUUCUUCGCCGGUGGCCGCCUCGCAAGCAUGCCGAGGCGGGGCUCCUCUUCGCGUCUUUUAACGAUCUAGUACAACUCGUGAAAUAUUGAAUUUUUCUAAUUCCUCAUUUCUUCCUUCCUUUAAGAAAGAACGAAAGUAAAACAUACUUCAGCUAAACGAGAACACUACACGCGAAAAGUAUUAAACAACAACAUAACAACAACAACAAAAAAAAAGCCAAUUUAAAACUCCUCUUAAACGUGGAGAGAGUUCUUGGACAACGAGGGCUUCUAAUCAAAAAGCUUUCUCGAGGUCGUUGUCUACGUAAGGUAUAAAAGAGGAAGAAAAGCAGAAGAAGUAGGAGGAGAAGGAGGAAGAAGAAGAAGAAGAAGAAGGAGAAGGAGAAGAAAAAGAAGAAGGAGAAAAAGUAAAGUAGAAGCAAAAGAAGCAAAAGGAAGAACCUUAUUCUCGUUUACGGUGAUCAAACUCGAUUUGACGAGAAGAAAAAAACCUAUAACGCAUGUAACGUAAUCUACAUUGUCGAGUCUAAAACGUUGUCUUUGCCACACUACGUAGUAGUGUCAUCGUCAGUUCUUGAAGAGAAAGAUAGGAAAAAGAGAGAGAAGGAAAAGAGACGAAAAGGAUUGUCGAUCGUGUAUACAGUUUGUUAGAAAAUGGACACCACACCACCGGUGAUAUAAUAAAAGAGAGUGCGCUUUGAAGUAAGAGAGGGAAAGGGAGGGAGAGAGAGAGAGAAGUAUUGAGGGACAGAAAGAAAAAACGAGAGAGGGGAGGAGGGAGUCCAACGGAACAUCCACGAGUACUGAGGGCCAAGAACGAAAGAAAAGAAAAAGAGAGAGAGAAAAGAGAGGGUCUCAGGGAGUGUGCUAGAGGAUAUAGAUGAGAGGGAAAGCGAGGAAAGCUCGUGUGUGAAAACCGGCCGAAGGAAAUCCUCCUCCUCCUCUUCUCCUGGUACCGUCCACUACGUCGGCUUUUUUCUUAGGGGGAAAAAAGGAGGAGAGGUCAGGGGCAAGUAACAAAAGAAAAAGAACGAAAGGAAGAGAAAUCCUGUAUGGAAUUUCUUUCGAAAAAGGGAAUAAAAGAAUAGAAAAAAAAAAGGUCUUAAACGUUUUCUCUCUCUCGUAACACCGUAUUCGCGAAAUAACCCUGUCACAUCAUCCUAGUCAACAUAGUCAUCUUAAUCAUCAUUAUCAUCAUCUAAUAAGAGGAUUGCAAGAAGGAAAAGCGGACCGGGAGAGAGGGCCAUGCCUUCUUCCUUGGCCCUGUGACACGCGCCAAGCCGCGUUCAACCACACUACUACUACUACCACACACUACUACUACUACUACUACUACUACUACUAUUUUAUUCGCUGGGUGAACCUCCUCCCGGAAGAGAGCGUACUCUCGAAGAAGCGAUUAAGUUCUCGGUGCGCGACACGCAUCGUGCCUUACUCGUAAGUUUACAAAAGCUUCCAGUUGGGUAAGAGAAAAAGGAACGUUCAGGAGCUAUCUCACAGUAGAGAGAGACGACUAUCGUCAGACGUCCUCCAUCGUUACGUCGUCGGCCCUCUCACACAUAUGCGAACACGACGACGGUCAACAGCUGAUCGUCCAAGCCGUCCGCCAUCUUCGCGCAUGCGUGAGAUGCAUCGACGAAGUAAUCGUAAAUAACAACGAUGCCACGAGUAAGAAGACAAGUUGUCCUGGAAGACCCGGCUAGGCCUGUUACGCCGGAUAUGAUGGAAACCAAGUUGUUAAAAACUGAAUACCUGGACGAUGGUUCAUUAGAUGAGAUCCAAUCGCAAAAGGUAUCCGAGGAAACGCCAAGUCCUCAUCUUCAGGAUCAUCAAUAUGGUCAAACUCCUUGUUAUCAAGUGUCCAGGAAACCAGCUCAACCAUCACCUCGAACCGAGCAGAUAUCGGUACAGGCAGUUAAAAGAAGACUGAAUUUGGAGGUUGGUACGACAGGAGCUAGUCAUUCUACGUUUAAAGCACCUAGAGGUAAACGUAGAAGAUCUGGGUCUAAUUCGUUAGCCGGCCAUACGCCUACUAAAAGCAAAACCGUGGAGAGAACACGUUACGAUACGUCGUUGAGUUUACUUACAAAAAAGUUCAUACACUUGGUCGAAAGUAGUCAAGACGGUGUAGUUGAUUUAAACGUAGCAUCUGAAAAGUUGGAGGUACAAAAACGUCGUAUAUAUGACAUCACGAAUGUUUUAGAAGGCAUUGGAAUUUUAGAGAAGAAAAGUAAAAACAAUAUACAAUGGAAGGGUGGUCAACUGCCUAAUGACAGGAACGAUAUCGCUAAAUUAAGGAAAGAAUUAGCAGAUUUGGAAGCUAAAGAGAAUACCCUAGAUCGAUUAAUACAUGGUGCUGAUCAAAAUCUUAGGGAACUCUGUGCGGACAGGCAAUAUGCUUACGUAACCUAUCACGAUUUACGUUCAGUCCCGAUGUACAAAGACCAAGCGAUAAUGGCGGUUAAGGCACCACCAGAAGCAACGCUUCAUGUCCCUCAACCUAUCAUCAACAGUCUUGGUCAACAGAAGCUACAAAUGCACAUAAGGUCGUCGCACGGUGAAAUCGAAGUAUUUUUAUGUCCGGACGAUGCACCGGUUAAAUCACAAACGUCAGGGUAUUCGUCGACAACACCACCUACGCCAACGCCAAAACAAAACCCAACAUUAUCGACAAGUUCACUAAUGACAGCAGCAACGACGACGACGACGCGAACCGUGCCUUCUGUUAAAGAAUCGGAAUUAACUUAUCUUCCUCCGGAACUUUUAGUCGACGCAGUUCAUAACGAAGUUCGUGUCAAACAAGAAUCUAAUCCGGUCGUUAGUGUUCUAAAUAGUUGUGCGAGUAUGCCAUCUUCGUUGAACGAUGUUAGCAGCAGUAUAGCGGGUAUGAGGAACGCAUUGCUCUGCGAAUCGGAUGAUUAUGGACCAAUGGGUGGUGGCAAGUUCCAACUACAAACAGAGGACCAAAUGGACGCUCCAGAUUUAAGCAUUCUCGAAUUUGGAGAACACCUGUUACCCUUGGAGCCGCCAUUAUCCGACAGUGACUACUCGUUCUCGUUAACUACAGAUGAGGGUCUAUCGGAUCUUUUCGACUUUCCGAUAAUGUAAUAUAAUAGAAAUGUCAUCGCUAUCAUCAUCAUCAUCAUCAUCAUCAUCAUCAUCAUCAUCAUCUCAUCAUCAUCAUCAUCUCAUCAUCAUCAUCAUCAUCAUCAUUGUCAUCGUUAUCACGAAGGCACUUUCGUCUUUUUGAACUAUCAUUAUGAGUUCGCCUCCUUGAUAUAUAAAACAUGACGAAGUUGCUUAUCGGGCACCUAACGAUUAAUUAUUAUCCUUAAUAGUUAACGUAAUAAUUAUUUUUCUUCUCGCUGUUUCGUUACACAUAACACA